GCUCAUCGUUUGCCAUCAUGUAAAUCUGCCCGCAUUGGGAGCAUCAAGGCUUUUCGGCAUGGAGUUGUUACUCUGCUAUCAAGUGUCAUAUCCUUCAGGUAACUAUCUGAAUGCAUGAACCGGUGCUUGGACUUCGGCCGUCCGCCAUUCGAAGGGUUUUCCAUCUCUCCACCACGCUCGGUUCUUGAGACCGUCCGUGGUGGAGCGUUGCUAGCCUGGCGGGCGGUUCGCUGCCCUCGCUGAGAUUAUACGGUUGAACUUGAUCAGGAUAAUACCUGCGUCGAAAGAAUCAUGCUCUCCCUUCCCCCCGGUAGUCUCCAACUGACACCUAGCUAGACACUUGAGCCUUCUCCAAGAUGUCUCCCCCAAUUGCCACUUUCCCCUCUACCACUGAGGCCCCCUCUGCGCCCACGGUCACCAAGGCCUUGCCGACCAAGGGAGCCGCUCCUGCUGUCCAGGGCAGCAUGACCAAGUCCGUUGACGAGAUGGCCGGCCAGUGGGAGACCUUCAAGUUCGCUCCCAUCCGUGAGAGCCAGGUCUCCCGCGCCAUGACGCGCCGCUACUUCAAGGACUUGGACACCUACGCCGAGUCGGACAUUGUCAUUGUCGGCGCCGGCUCCUGCGGUCUCAGCACUGCCUACAUGCUCGCGAAGGCUCGUCCGGACCUGAAGAUCGCCAUCAUCGAAUCCGGCGUCGCUCCCGGCGGUGGAGCCUGGCUCGGCGGGCAGCUCUUCUCGGCCAUGGUGAUGCGCCGCCCGGCUGACGCGUUCUUGCGCGAGAUCGGCGUGCCCUACGAAGAGGAAGGUGACUUCGUCGUCGUCAAGCACGCGGCGCUGUUCACGUCGACGGUGUUGGCGCGCGUGCUGCAGUUCCCCAACGUGAAGCUCUUCAACGCGACGGCAGUCGAGGACCUGAUCACACGCCCGACCGGCGACGGCGGCGUCCGCAUCGCUGGCGUCGUCACCAAUUGGACGCUCGUCAGCAUGCACCAUGAUGACCAGAGCUGCAUGGACCCGAACACCAUCAACGCGCCUGUUGUUGUGUCUACAACUGGACACGACGGACCUUUCGGUGCAUUCAGCGUAAAAAGAUUGGUAAGCAUGCAGCAGCUUAGUAAGCUAGGCGGUAUGCGCGGCCUUGACAUGAAUUCUGCCGAAGACGCCAUCGUGAAGCGCACGCGCGAGGUGGUGCCGGGCUUGAUUGUCGGCGGCAUGGAGCUGUCGGAGGUGGACGGCGCGAACCGCAUGGGUCCGACGUUUGGCGCUAUGGCGCUGUCGGGUGUCAAGGCGGCUGAGGAGGUUCUCAAGGUCUUUGAUGCUAGGAAGGCCGAGAACGAGAAGUUCUAGCCUGGGUGUGUGUUAGUGGUGCUGGCUUGUUGUUUGGAUGGUGCGGAGCCAUUCUCUCACUCCCUCACUAUUCGCUUGGAUGGUGCUUUACACCUUCACACUCGUUAGUUAUGGGUUAUGUUGAAUGAAACUAUCUUGUCUGUCGCUC